AUGCCAUAUAACUCCAUCGCAAGGGUUGACGCUGCACACGAGUGUUCAUUCGGUGAUGAGGUAGCCGAUUUUGGUCUAGCGCGUAAAUUGAUGGAAGAAGACAUCUACGAAGCUCGGACUGGAGCGAAAUUCCCGAUUAAAUGGACGGCACCUGAAGCGGCUACCUGUGGUAACUUCACAGUGAAAAGUGAUGUCUGGUCAUACGGCAUAUUGUUGUACGAAAUAAUGACAAAGGGACAGGUACCAUAUCCAGGUGAGUAUCUGUGUAAUUCCAUGCAACUGCGAAUACUGCAUCAGUUCAAUCGAAUAAUUCCGUAG